AUGGCGCAGGAAUACCAGCAGCGCGGUGGAGGCAUCCCGGACUUGUUCUUGUGGAAUAUGGAGAAGCGCGAGGUCAUGUUCGCUGAAGUCAAGUCAGAGAAUGAUCGGCUAAGUGAUACACAGCGCCUGUGGAUUCAUGUUCUCAUGGGUGCGGGCGUGCAAGUCGAGCUGUGCAACGCCGUUGCGAAGGAGGUGCGGGUUAUGGAGUGA